UGGGGUUGAUUCAAGGAAGACUUUGUAACAAAGUUUCCGCUUGAUAUUGAUUUGUUUCAUAGUCCAGGGCGCCGCAGUGUCGUGAAGCAGGUUUUUAUUCAUGCAGCAAGUUUUAAUUGUCGGAGAAAACUUGAUCGUUGAAGGUAGAAAAGAGCGAUAUUGCAAUUACUGGCAGUUCAUUUUGACCUCGGUAAACUUCGAUAAUAGGAAUCUUUUGAGAAAAAUCGUAGCUCUUGGAACGAUAUUUUACUCGAUGUCCCAGCGCAACAGCAGUCUCUUAAUGGAGCGCAUGGAUAUUAUCUCCAGCAUGCUACUUCGGAAGUAGGUCACCGUUUUACCAUGUCUCUAUUGGGCGCUCGUUUUUUUUCUAAAUUAAACGUCGACUCUGGUCAUAAUUUAUAAAAAAAAAGGUGUAAUCUGAAUUAAGAGUGGACUCAAACCGACCUUCCAUCUGGACCGAAGGGUCUGUAUGAAGGGAUGUGAUGACCCAUGCAGAUACCGCCCCAGUGACUCCUGGGAGCAGGUAGGUCUGCCACAUGCGGAGGCCAUGGUGGGGGGAGCCCGGCCAAAACUAAAAAGAGGGAGGCCUAAGGAGGUAAAGAGAGGCAGUGUGAAGGAGAGCAAUGAACUGUGGGAAGAAGAGGAGGGCAGGAAGCUGGAUCUAUGCGAGGGGGACAGCCUCGACUGUCGAGUCCUUCUCACUCGUCUGGAGGCAAGCGGUGAUGAGGACAAGGAGAGCUGCUUGGGAGCUCCAAUAGAGACCAAAGAAGAAGGGAGCCAUAGCCUGGUGCAUGGAAGGACCAAGCCCUGCAAGUCUAGUCAAAAGACCUGCAAAGCCUAUCGGCUAGCGCCGGAACCAAACAAUCAAUCAAAAGUGUUAUGCACAUUACCUGUCGUGGAACCUCGCAAACGGAGGCUGGCCUCUCUCAACGCGGAGGCUGUGAAUAGUCUGCUCUUAUACAGAGAACAUCCGCAAGGGUCCAGACUCGCAAAUAAGCUACAUUCCAAUGGGAAUCUGGCAAAGGAUGCAAUCAUUUUGGGCCAUAACACCCCAAGUGGUGCUAAGGUGGCAAAAUCAGACAUUUGUGGAACUGGAAGUUCCAAAAAAUACCAAAAGGCUAUGAAGAUGGAGGAUGUGGGUCUGCUGAGUCUGUACGGUCCCACCCCUCGGCGUCAGGCCAGCCUCAAUGCUGCUGCUUUGCUCAAGAUCACCAGCACCUCCUUCAAAGCCAAACACCGGGUGGCCAAGACCAACGGCAACCAGCUGAGUGGAGUAGUGAGGAUCAAGCUAAAGAAACGACAUCGUCAUGAAGUCCAUCACAGGCAAUCCCAGGCCCAGCCGCAGCUCGUUCAGAGAUGCUGUAAUCUUUGUAAAAGGGAAUACUUCCACCCAGAACCCCAGUGGGAGGGGACCACAGGGGGUAAUGGCUCCAUCAGAUCUGACUUCCAGUGUGGAUCCUUGCUUGGCUACCCGAUGAAGUCUGUGGUGGAGCCAGUCGAGACCCAGGUGACUCCUUCUUUCUGCUGCUGCUCCCAGGAAAGGUCGGGGGAGUACUGCCACCGACUGGCCCUGUUCCUUGGCCAAAAGAGCUUCGGUGACGACGAACUUGAGGAGCAUUCGCUCUCCAAAGGCUACCUCCUCUCUCCCCAUUCCCUUGCCCACCCACAUGCCCUGACCAUAGGCCCCCACCCUUACCCAUGUUUCUCAGGCUAUUAUGUCCACUUUGCCCACCACGAGACCUCCUCUACCCUCAUGACGUCCAUGAGCUCCAACCCCAUGCCCUACCCACCCUCUUCUGUGGCCUCCAUCACGUUGUACCCUGGUGGGGUCCAGAGUCCCAAGCUGCUGUCCCCGACCGGCUCCCACCCCUCAGGAAUCGCCCACCCGGUCUACUGCUAUGGAGAACCCUGCAGAAUCAGUCGCUACCCCUACAGAGCAGUAACAACUCUCGCCAGCAGGGGGUGCUGCUAUAAUGCAGGUUGCUCCAGCUGCAGCCAUAACAUCAAGAUGGAAGACUACUCCUCGCCUUUGGAGGACCACAUCCCCCCCUCUGUCCCAGUUUCCCCCAUACUAGGCUGCCUUGCCACCGCCAGCGCUCCCCCAGCUGGCCAAUCAGUGCCCCGCCUCCAGAACCCUCUAUCGGUCCCCAGCCAAUCAAGGAUUCCGCUGCAAGUGACCCGGGAGUAUCCUCAGAGUGCAAAGCCACCCAGCAGCUCUCGGUCUGGGGUCCGUGGUGACUCCCAUAUUCAAGACAAGCAUCAGCUGGGGCCUGCCGUCAGCAGAGCUGCCAAGCAGCAGAGGAUCACCCGUCGCCGGGCAACCAAUGGCUGGCUGCCCGUGGGCGUGCCCUUCGAGAAGGAGGUUUUCACUGUGGGGGAAGAGACGACAGUGUUGCGCAAAUGUUUCGAAGGAGUACAGCGAGACGAGGAGGUCAUUCGAGUUCGAGACACAGUCCUGCUGCGCUCCGGUACCAGGAAGAAGUCUCUGCCCUACGUGGCCAAAAUCUCAGCCCUGUGGAAGGACCCGGAAUCAGGAGAGAUGAUGAUGAGCCUGUUUUGGUUCUACCGCCCAGAACACACACAGGGGGGACGCAAUCCCAACACACACUGUGAGAAUGAAAUCUUUGCAUCUCGGCAUCAGGAUGAAAAUAGUGUGGCCUGCAUUGAAGACAAGUGCUACGUGUUGACGUUAGCACAGUACUGUAGAUAUUGUGCCUUGGUGACUCGUCAGGGGGAGGAUCUCUCUGAACGUGCCACCAGAGUGGUGCCGCCUUCUGUCGAAUACGCCAUCCCUGCCCACUGCUGUGUGCCAACGGACAUCGACCCCGACCUGGUGUUCAUGUGUCGCCACGUCUACGACUUCCGCUAUGGACGCUUCCUGAAGAAUCUGCAGUAGCACUUGUGAGGAUGGUGGUGGAACGGAGGAAUCUUAAACAGUGAAAGAGAAGGCUGAAAAGACAGGAUUUUUGAGACCAACCAAGCCACUCUGUUUUGAAAGGAGUGGAAGAUGUUGACAGUUUUAGGCUGAGGAAGUCUCUAAGUCUGGAAGUGCUUUUGCACAAUGUCUCUAUUUCUCACUCUGAGGGAUUUGCAAAGGAUCACACUUGGUCAAAGAGGAAAUGUGUUUUAUCAUCCCGAGCACAAAUCCCCUUUAAUAAAACUGAUUUGCCAAGUUAUAAUUUUAUUUUUGCAUCGUCCCAUGACUUUGCCUGUAUCUAUGUGGGUUAUUAGUUACGUUGUGUUGGCAGAUGGUAUCAGUUAAGACUUGUUUUGUAUUUAAUGGGAUGACUCAUAAAUUAGAUGGUGGCUUAACAUAUUUAUCUAUAGUGAUUUAGUCUUGAGUUUAAGGUUUAAUUGGCUUAAGUGCAGAGAAAUAUUUAUUUCUAUAUGGAGAAUUUUUUUAUUUAUUUUUUAAAGUAAUUUAAGAGUGCAUUAUUUAGUAUUUUCAAAGCAAGGAAGGCGAGAUAAUUAUCAUUCCUAAGUAGAAAUGAUCCAGGCGUUCGCCAAACACUAACUCUCUGUCUGCACUGUCUUAGAGGUAAAGUACCAGUGAAUCCCAAACCAGCCUCUCGCCUAUACCUCACCCCUACCAACUAUACCUCAGCCCUACCAAUUCAUGGCUCUACGUAGUCACGUGUUGCUGACAAAACUCCCAGAGUGGCGACGGGAUUAAAUAAACCCAUUAACUUCGGGACACAGUCUUGACUUGAAUUAUGCAAUUCAUGUAUGACAUUUAAAUAAUAUGAGCAUGAAAUUCAAAAUGAAUUGUCAUUUUACAAGAUAUAAAUCAGACACAACAAAUGCUCCAUUCUUUUUAAUGAAAUUGUACAAAGUAUAUUGCGUGACAUGUUGGAAUAGCUCUUCGCUUUGGAACCGGCACCUUUGCUGGCUCGGUCGAAGUGGCUAUCAAAGGGGCUGAUCAUUUUCACACCCUCAGCUUUGGGACACAUGUUCAUAUGAAGGAGGUGCGCGUGAAAGCGCAAAUGGAGAGCUGAGGGGUGAGGGGAAGGGACUGGUUUGGGAUUCAGCAUGAGAAUGACCAGUGAUUCAACCGGGCCACCACCACGAUAGUUGUUUGUCCCUAAUACCCUGCCUUGAAUUGACCAAUGAACGGGGGUUUGAACACAACACCCACACUGCCAUUACCCAUAAUAACUUGCCUUACAUCCUGCCGGUUGACAUCUAGGAUGCAAGCUCUAAUACGUUCAGUUCACACCUCAUCAAAAAAGCUGCCUUCCAUCUAAACCAAGGUUGCCAGUGAGUGGAGGUCCAGUUCAGUACAAGCCCCAUGUUACUGUGCACUAAUCUAUGUUCCAUUAUUAGAUCAUCGACUGUGUCCUUAAACUGAAAAUGCUACUGAUUCGUUAACAUGGAAGUCACACUGUGGAUUCAUCUACAUGUGUGUUUGCUUAGAACAGAGGGAAUCAAAGUUUGGUAUCACAGUUCCUGGAAAAGCUUCCUGUCUGAUCAACACACACAGACACACACACACACACCUGCUUCUAAGAUGUAUCUCGAUGUAUAGGGCACAAGCCAUAGGAGUACCCUCUUACACGCUCAAGUCCUUUUUAUGUCCAAUCAAGAUAUGAUCGAUUUUUCUUACAUUGACUGUUGUGCCUGCCUGUCUCGGUGGACUCGGUGUCCAAUAACUUUCCAUGAAAAGUAGGCCAAGAUUAUUGAUCUUUUUUAUGUCAUUUUUAAAUGCCUUUUUUUCAUUAAAUUCUGUUAAUUGCUAAGAAAUGUAUGUACCAAAAAGGGUAUAGAAUGGGUGUAAAAUGUCCCAUUCAACUCAUUCCCCGGUGUAGAAAACUCUCAAUUCCAAGUUUCUUUGUUCUUUUGUGCUUAUGUUCCGAGUUUUAGAGGCUCUGGGAAUUCUGGGAAAGGAUAUUCAUAGCACAGUGUUUGUAUUAUUUAACAUGUAAUAUACAAAUAUUUGAAUGGAAUAAAUAAUUAGUUUUAA